AUGUGGAAUAAGCAAAGAAUUACUCUAAUAACGGUGGGUGUUUUAUUCCACCUGUUCUACCUAUGGUCUAUAUUUGACAUCUAUUUCGUGUCCCCUUUGGUUCACGGUAUGAAUCAGUAUCAGAGUACUGAUCAACCUCCUGCUAAGAGGUUGUUUUUAAUUGUAGGCGAUGGAUUACGUGCUGAUACCACUUUUGACUAUGUUAGACAUCCAGCUACAGGUAAAAAAGAGUUUUUAGCACCUUUCAUUAGAUCUCUGGUAUUGAACAACGCAACGUAUGGUAUCUCUCACACUAGAAUGCCUACAGAGUCUCGUCCUGGACAUGUAGCUAUGAUUGCAGGAUUUUACGAAGAUGUUAGCGCUGUGACUAAAGGUUGGAAAGAAAAUCCUGUAGAUUUUGACAGUUGUUUUAACCAGUCUACCCAUACAUAUUCAUUUGGUUCCCCUGAUAUUUUGCCAAUGUUCAAGGACGGUGCAUCUGAUCCCAACAGGGUCGAUGCCUGGAUGUAUGGUCACGAAUUUGAAGAUUUUACGCAAUCAUCCAUUGAAAUGGAUGCCUUUGUGUUUAAACAUUUGGAUGAUCUUUUCCACAAUUCUACGAUAAACAAUACUUUAAACAAUGAAAUUAGACACGAUGGUAAUGUCUUUUUCUUACACUUGUUAGGUUGUGAUACGGCUGGUCAUUCUUAUAGACCAUAUUCUGCAGAGUACUACGACAACGUCAAAUACAUCGAUGGCAAAGUGGAAACAUUAGUGGAACAAGUACGCGAUUUCUUUGGUGAUGAUGAAACGGCAUUUGUAUUUACGGCGGAUCAUGGUAUGAGUGCCUUCGGUUCUCACGGUGAUGGUCACCCCAAUAAUACUAGAACUCCUCUAGUCGCUUGGGGGGCCGGUUUGAACAAACCUGUUCAUAAUUUAAAACCAGUCUAUGAUAACUAUACACAGGGUUGGGAUUUGUCGCACAUUAAGAGACAUGAUGUGAAACAAGCAGACAUCGCCUCGUUAAUGUCCUAUUUGAUUGGUGCCAACUAUCCUGCCAAUUCCGUGGGAGAAUUGCCGCUGGACUACAUUUCAGGUGAUGACGCAGCAAAACUAAGUGCUCUCUACAACAAUUCUCGCAGCAUCUUGGAACAGUAUCUGGUCAAAGAACAAGAAACCAUAGAUUCACAAUUCGUUUACAAGGAAUACCCAAAGUUUGCCAAGAAAUCUCAUCAAAUCUACUUAUCUGAAAUUCAAUCACUCAUCGAACGCAUUGCACAAGGCGAGGCCCAGUUGACCGCCGAUGCUAUCCAAUUGACCGAAGAGCUCAUGAAAACAACUUUAGAAGGUUUGCAAUAUUUGACUACCUACAACUGGAGAUUCAUUCGAACCAUCGUGACCUUUGGAUUCGUCGGUUGGAUCGGCUAUGCAUUCACUGUAUUCCUCAAGAUUUACAUAUUAGGGCAGUACGAUACAAAUGCCUCUCCAUCCAUAUGGAACCGUGGCAUUUUCACUCUCCUUGGGGGUGUGCUAAAUUUCAUGCUUUACUACCAACGUUCGCCUUUCAAUUUUUACAUGUACCUAUUAUUCCCACUGUAUUUGUGGUCUCACAUCUUCGCCAACAGCUCAUUCUUCCAAAAAGGUCUACAAGAACUGCUCAAAAACACAACUACCGCCAACAGGGUCGUGGCUGCCCUCGGUAUAGCCUUUGUCUAUGAAGGUAUCGUAUACGGAUUUUUCCAUCGUUGGAUCUUCACUUUAAUAUUUAACGUCCUAGCAUUUUACCCCUAUGCAUGUGGUGCGCAAGGCGUUUUCCAAAACAUCUGUUGGAUGCUGACCAGUGCUGCUCUGUCCACUUUUACACUAUUUGAUGCUGUUAAGGUUGAAUCCUUAAACCAGAUUACAUGCGCUGGAUUUUUCAUUGUAAUAACCGCUCUAUAUGCACUGGCACGGCUGAGAAAGAAUAUGAGUCACUAUACUGCUGGUGUAUUUAUCGGCCAGAUUUGUCUAGUGGCAUUGAUGGUCGUUGUUACUCGUAAGUCUGUCAUUUCCCUACAACUCAGAAAAGGGUUGCCAAAGGAUUCACAAUAUGGUGGAUGGAUCAUUACAGCUGUAUCACUGUUGCUGAUGCCGGUUUUCCAUUUCGCUCAUUCUAACAGUGAUUACAGAGUACGUCUUUUAGUUGUUUACCUGACGUUUGCACCUGUGUUUUUGAUUUUGACAAUUUCAUUCGAAUCCCUCUUCUACGUGCUUUUUACGUCGUGGUUAGUCCAAUGGAUCGAAAUCGAGUCUCAUUUGAAACAAUUGCAUCAAUCAGAAAACUGGUUGCAACUACUAAGAGUAUCGGUUAUCGGUUUCUUCUUACUUCAGGUUGCAUUCUUUGGCACGGGAAAUGUAGCCUCAGUUUCUUCAUUCUCCUUGGAUUCAGUUUAUCGCCUGCUGCCAAUAUUUGAUCCAUUCCCCAUGGGGGCUCUACUUGUGUUAAAACUACUGGUGCCCUACGUUCUGCUUUCCACGGCACUGGGCGUAUUGAACCUAAGGUUGCAUAUUCGGGAUUAUACGGUCUCCUCUUUGAUCAUCUCGACCAGUGAUAUUUUAUCCUUGAAUUUCUUCUACUUACUUAGAACUGACGGAUCAUGGCUUGAUAUUGGUGUCACCAUUUCCAACUAUUGUCUAGCCAUACUGUCAUCCCUGUUCAUGAUCAUCCUAGAAGUCAUCGGUCACAUGCUCUUGAGGAAUGUUAACAUUCCACGGGGGCUUGAUGAUGCUGCCAAGAAACGCAAUUAA